UGGCAGUCCCACGUCAACAUACAUUUAUCGAUAACUCUGUAAAUCCGUUCCCAAAUUAUAAAUCUUUAAAUAAAAUAGAGUGAAUAUGAUCGGCAGGCUGUCAUUUUGGAACAAAGACAACGUUUCGAACGAGGCGGACUGUCUGGCUUGUCGUUUGGUCAGUGGGAUUGGUCUCCUCGGGAUCGGUGCCUUUCUGUUGGCGCAAUCGAAGAAGCGCCCCAAGCCCCUGGAGAAUUACACCAUGAAAAGCUUGGCAGCAGCCGUUGGUUUACUGGGCGUGGCCCGACUUGGUAAUGCGGAUUUCCUGAAAGCAACCACGAAGGAAGCAAAGGAGCAGGAAACAAAAACUUCAAAGAACCCCACUGAUCAUCAGUUCUUUGCUAGACGUUAAUUCAAUAAAGUUUGUUAGUUCUUAUAUAAAAGGUGUCUAAUUUAUAAAUAUACAACCUUUAACUUCCUUUUCUAAAACCAAA